AUGGCUUCAGCUGGACAGGCCCCCAUCGCUACAGUCUAUGUACGCAAUCUCGAGGAGCGCGUCAAGCCAGAGCCCCUCAAGGAGGCCCUGCGCACCAUCUUCUCCGAAUACGGCAAUGUGAUUGAUAUCGUCGCCAAGACCAACCUCAAGGCCAAGGGCCAGGCCUUUGUGGUCUUUGACAAACCCGAGUCGGCUCAGGCUGCCAUCGAUGAACUCCAGGGCUUCGAGCUGUUUGAGAAGCCCAUGGUGGUGGCCCUGGCGCGGACGAGGAGCGACGCCACGGUUAUUCAGACUGGCAACGAGGAGGAGUUUGACCAGCACAAGCGCAGGCGCAUUGCUGAGAAGGACAAGAAGAGAGCCCUCGAAGUCGCCGAACAACAAAACCGCCUCAAGCGUCCUCUCCAGGGUGCCGCCCCCGAUGCGCGCCCUGCCAAGAACCAGCGCGGUGCCGGCCUCAAGGCUACGGGCCAGGGUCCUGCUGCUGUUGUACCCGACGAGUACCUGCCUCCCAACCGUAUUCUAUUCGUCCAGAACCUACCCGACGACUUCACCAAGGACGACCUCACUACCAUCUUUUCCCGCUUCGAUGGCUUCCGCGAAGUCCGUACUGUGCCUGGUCGCAGCGGCAUCGCUUUCGUCGAAUACGACGCCGAGGCUGGUGCUAUCACCGCAAAGGAAAACACGGCCGGCAUGGCCUUGAAGAACGGCGAAAAGAUCAUGAAGGUUACCUACCAGAGACAGUAG